GGCUCCGGCUCCGCCCCCCGCCUUGACGCUCAUUGGUCCUCGCCGGCGUCGCGGGCGGGAGGCGGAGCGGCGCGGCGCGGAGCAGAGCAGGACAGCCGCCAUCUUGCGCGGAGAAGGUGUCGGAACCCGAGGCUGCAGCCCGGAGUGCCCGCUAGCCCGCGGCCCAGCCGAAGCUCUUUCCCGCCGCCUCUCCGCGCCUCCCCCCGGUCCAGCCCAGCCUGACCCUCCGCCUAGCAAGGUCCCCCGACCCUCAGUCCGGCCCGGUCCGGCCUCCCAGCGGGGUCAAGCAGCCGCCCCGGGGACGAUGAACGGAGGAUAAAUGGUGCCCAAGGCAGACAGCGGUGCCUUCCUGCUGCUCUUCCUGCUCGUGCUCACUGUCACCGAGCCGCUGCGGCCAGAGCUGCGGUGCAACCCUGGGCAGUUUGCCUGCCGCAGUGGCACCAUCCAGUGCAUCCCCCUCCCUUGGCAGUGUGACGGCUGGGCGACUUGCGAGGAUGAGAGCGAUGAAGCCAACUGUCCAGAAGUGACCGGGGAGGCACGUCCUUACCAUGGGAAGGAGGCUGUGGAUCCGAGACAGGGGCGGGCCAGAGGAGGCGACCCUACGCACUUCCACGCGGUGAAUGUGGCGCAGCCCGUUCGCUUCAGCAGGAAGUGCCCGACAGGGUGGCACCACUACGAAGGCACGGCCAGCUGCUACAGGGUCUACCUGAGUGGGGAGAACUACUGGGAUGCCGCACAGACCUGCCAGCGCCUGAAUGGCUCUCUCGCCACCUUCUCUACAGACCAGGAGCUGCGCUUCGUCCUGGCCCAGGAAUGGGACCAGCCUGAGCGGAGCUUUGGUUGGAAGGACCAGCGCAAGUUGUGGGUUGGCUAUCAGUAUGUCAUCACUGGCCGGAACCACUCCUUGGAAGGUCGCUGGGAGGUCGCAUUCAAAGGCUCCUCAGAGGUGUUCCUGCCCCCAGACCCCAUCUUUGCUUCAGCCAUGUCUGAGAACGACAACGUGUUCUGUGCCCAGCUCCAGUGCUUCCACUUCCCCACCCUGCGGCACCACGACCUCCACAGCUGGCACGCCGAGAGCUGCUACGAGAAGUCUUCGUUUCUGUGUAAAAGAAGUCAAACAUGUGUUGACAUCAAGGACAACGUGGUGGAUGAAGGGUUCUACUUCACCCCUAAGGGGGACGAUCCAUGCCUGAGCUGCACCUGCCAUGGAGGGGAGCCUGAGAUGUGCGUGGCUGCUCUCUGUGAGAGGCCCCAAGGCUGUCAGCAGUACCGCAAGGACCCCAAAGAGUGCUGCAAGUUCAUGUGUCUGGACCCAGAUGGCAACAGCCUGUUCGACUCCAUGGCCAGUGGGAUGCGCCUGGUGGUCAGCUGCAUCUCCUCCUUCCUCAUCCUGUCGCUGCUGCUCUUCAUGGUCCACCGGCUGCGUCAGCGGCGCCGGGAGCGCAUCGAGUCCCUGAUUGGAGCAAACUUGCACCACUUCAACCUCGGACGCAGGAUCCCUGGCUUUGAUUAUGGCCCCGAUGGUUUCGGCACAGGCCUCACGCCGCUGCAUCUUUCUGACGAUGGAGAGGGCGGGACUUUCCACUUCCACGACCCUCCACCUCCCUACACGGCGUACAAGUACCCGGACAUCGGCCAGCCUGACGACCCCCCGCCACCCUACGAGGCCUCCAUCCACCCGGACAGUGUGUUCUAUGACCCCGCAGAUGAUGAUGCUUUUGAGCCCGAGGAGGUCAGCCUGCCAGCACCUGGGGACGGUGGCAGUGAAGGUGCAUUACCCCGGCGCCUGGAGCAGCCUCUGCCCACUGCAGGGGCCUCUCUGGCAGACUUGGAAGACUCUGCUGACAGCAGCAGUGCCCUGCUCGUGCCCCCUGACCCUGCCCAGAGUGGGAGCACCCCAGUUGCAGAGGCACUGCCAGGGGGCAGCCGCCACAGCCGCAGCUCCCUCAAUACUGUGGUGUAGACAGUCCAGCCUGUACCCUAAUGGUCUGGGAGCACGUGUAUGCUGUUGAAAACACCUGUGGGAGACUUGAAAGGCCCCUGUCCCAGCCUGGACCCCGCGCACUGCCGCAUAUCACUGGCAGGCACGCGUGUGUACAUAGAGACCGUGGCCCGCCUCCUGCCAAAAGAAGUGAUGGCUUGCACCGAGCUUCCUUGAGGGCUUCAGAAACAUGCAUAGCUUUGGGUCACUGUCUCUUCAUUUUUAAAUGGCAGAAGAGUGACAAAAUUGUUCAGACCCACAUUUUAGAGGCAGGGAAUGAAGAAGGUACUGUGGGGCCAUGGCCACACCCAUGUCUUUGGCAGGCUUGCUUGCUUCAAUGUGCUGUCCAGAGAGGCCUGCUGACCAGUCACCCAGCUUGGGAUGGGCACAGUGGGGGCUGCCAUGGUGCCCCUUGCUGGCCACCCUCAGGAGGGGGCCUCUGGGCUGUCAGGGUGGUAUAGGCAGUGGGUCUGCUUCAAGGAGACAGCCUCUGAGUUUGCCACAACAAGUGCCCUGGAGAUGACCCCCACAAGGCCAGUUGUGAACAUCAAGGUGGCUCUGCCCCUGGCUGGGAGUUCCCUGGGGCUCUGGAACCUGAAGCCCUGAGAAGGAGAGCUUGGAAGGAGAUUGAGCUCUUCACUCUGUCUUUCCAUCUGGGCACUCUGCAGCCCAGCUCUGUGGCAGGAGGCCUGACCCCACUCCGUCAGUCCCUCCCAGCAUUGCUGUGCAUGGCUUCCCCAGGAGGAAGCUCUGGAGUGGCGCUGAGGCCCCAGGUGCUCUGCCAGGGCCUGGGGGCUGAGCUGCCUCCUGCCUUUCCUCUCUGGAGCCCUGGGCUCCUGCCUCCUGUUGAAUUGCCCCUGGGCUUGCCCCCUGACCUGGUUUGUGCCAUAAAGGGUUGCUUCAUUGGGGGAGGGGUGGCCGAAACCACCAUCCUGGGCUGUAUCUGUCUCCUUCGAGCGACUCCUUCAACCACCACCACUGCUGCAGCUCUGCCCAGCAGUCGCAUGCACACCUCGGCCCCUCAGCAGUGCAGGGGCUGGGGGCUCUGCCUGGGACCCUUUUCCCUAAAAGACCCUGUUGCCUGCUACCGGGCGGUGGUCUUGAAGCCUGACACAGGGCCUUUAAUGUUUCUGAGGUUUGGAGAUUAAGCGGGUUCUGUGCGAUUUUUAGCACAUCCAUAUCUUUUCUACGUUGAAUGUCUGGAUCUUUCCUUUAUAUGUUCGUGUCUCUGUGUGUGUAUGUGGCCAGGUGUUUGCAGGUGAGGGUGGCGCAUGGAACUUUGCCGAUGGACGGGGACCCACUCUUCCAGGGUCAUCCAUGCAUCCUGGGCUGUGCUGAGGCAGGGCUGUGUCUCGCUCAAAGUCUUUUCAGACCAGCAGGACGGCACCUGGCAGGCCUGGCAGGAGCAUGCCGUUCCGUGGUGCUGCUUGGGGAUGGACUCCAUGCACAGUCCACUUGAUACGUUCUCAUACUGUGUCUGGAGACCCAUUUUUUUCAUCCCAUGUGGAAUGAGCAUCUUGAGUUGCCACAGACUUGGCCUUCAUGUCAGAUCUGUGUUCUGUCACUGAAUUGCUUGGCCUCCUGGAGGCUGUGUGCUAGCAGGCCUCUGCUCCCCUUGCCAAAGGGCUGCUACUUCCUUGAGAAGGAAGUUCUGCCCACAAGACUCCCAUGCUGGCUGCAGAGGACAAAGCAGGAAGCACAUCGUGCAUGGGACAGGGCAGCCAGGUUCCAGAGCAGCCGGCAUGUGCGUUCUGGGUGCCUGGUGGCCAUCGAGGGUCUGAGGACCACACCACAGAGUCCCCCACGGACCUGAGCCCAAGAGCUCAGAGGGUUCCUACCGGGGCUCAAAGCUCUGUGCAGGACAGGGUGGCUAGCAUGAGAUGUGUCGGACUGGAAAGCUUCCUUUGGGGACCAGAGGAACAUUAGGGCCAGUCAGACGUGUAGGGGGCAUUGAGGAAGGGGCUAAAGUGGACCAUGCCAGCUGCAGAGGGCUCUGGGCUAGCCAGGCAUUUCUGGGUGGCCCUUUCCCCAUGGGCCUCCACAACUGCUUAGGUCAACUGGCACCUCAGGCUGGGCAGAAGGCCCAUUUGCAGGGCUGCCCAGAAUACCGCCACCACUGCAGCUCCAGGGUGCGUGAGGAGAGCUGGACUCGCUCAUCUGUCCUUGCGCCCCAUCCAGAAUGCCCCUUUUGCAAGGCCUGCUGCAGCCCCCAGUCUCACCAGAGUCCUGGGGCCAUGCUUGCUAAGCCUUGUGCUCCAGGGGUCCCCCUUCCCCAGGACCACCUUGCCACGUUUGCGGAGACCAGGUGCCCUCUGACCUGCCUUGUGGAGGUGGGAUUUGAUACUGUACGUUGUCUCAAUGCCUGUUUUUUAAUGUUUUCCUUUCAUUGAGGGUUUUUAGUUUGGGUUUAAUUUUGGUUGGGUUGGCACUAACUCUUAAGAUGCUGUGAGAACCAUUUCAUCCAAAUGCCAAAUAAACUUGUGUUCUGGAA